AUGGAAAAAACUGUCAGAACAAAACAUUCACAAGACACUCCAAUCUACUGCAAUGACAUCUUUAAAGCCUCAGAUGAACCAGGAUAUAAGAAGAAAAUCAAGACGGUUCUUACUAAAGGCAUCACUGGAAUUGGAAAAACUGUCUCUCUGAACUUGAUCCGAGAUCAUCAGUACAGUCUUCACAGACUUCUGCUGGACUUUCAUCCUGAACUUCAAGAUCUGGACUCAAAGAUUUAUGAGGAGUGUAAAGUUUUGUUCAUCUUUGAUGGUCUGGAUGAAAGCAGAAUGAGACUCAUGUUCUCAGAUGUUGAGAAAGGUUGUGAUAAGACUGGGACUUCGUCAGUGGGUGUGUUGAUGUCAAACCCAUUUAUGUUUUCAGAUGAUCAGAUAGUUUGUGAUGUGAAUGAGACUUCAUCAGUGGGUUUGUUGAUGUCAAACCCAAAGACAUUUUCAGGUGAUCAGAUAGUUUGUUAUGUGAAUGAGACUUCAUCAGUGGGUUUGUUGAUGUCAAACCCAAAGACAUUUUCAGGUGAUCAGAUAGUUUGUUAUGUGAAUGAGACUUCAUCAGUGGGUGUGUUGAUGUCAAACCUCUUGAAAGGAGAGCUGCUUCCCUCUGCUCUCAUCUGGAUCACCUCCAGACCAGCAGCAGCCAAUCAGAUCCCCUCCAAAUACAUCAACCGUCUGACAGAAAUUCAGGGAUUCAAUGAGCCUCAGAAGGAGGAAUAUUUCAGGAAGAGAAUCAGUGACCAGCAUCAAGCCAGCAGAAUCAUCUCACACAUCAGAAGAGCAAGAAGCCUCCACAUCAUGUGCCACAUCCCCGUCUUCUGCUGGAUCUCAUCCACUGUGCUUCAGAAGCUCCUGAAAGAAGAUCUGAGUGCAGAAAUCCCUCAAACUCUAACUGAAAUGUACAUCCACUUCCUGCUGAUUCAGAUCAACAUGAGGAAUCAGAAGUAUGAAGAGAGAGAUCCAGAGAAACUCCUGCAGUCCAACAGAGAAGUGAUUGUGAAACUUGCUGAAGUGGCUUUCAAACAGCUGAUGAAGGGCAAUGUGAUGUUCUAUGAGGAGGACCUGGUUGAGAGCGGCAUAGACGUCACUGAUGCCUCAGUAUAUUCUGGGAUUUGCACUGAGAUUUUGAAGGAGGAGUCUCUAAUUCAUCAAAGGAAAGUCUACAGCUUCAUUCAUCUGAGCGUUCAGGAGUUUCUCGCUGCUUUCUAUGAGUUUUACCGCUAUUUAAAGAAGAACAAGGAAUCCCUACAUAAAAUCAGGGCUUAUGGUUUUGAUGACUCUCUGUAUGACCUACUAAGAUCAGCAGUAAAUAAAGCCCUUGAGAGUGAGAAUGGGAAGCUGGAUCUGUUCCUGCGGUUCCUGCUGGGCGUCUCACUGGAGUCCAAUCAAAGACUCUUACAGGAUCUACUGACACACACAGAGAACAGCUCAGAGAGCAUCAGAGAAACCACAUGGUACAUUAAAGAGAAGAUCAAAUAUGAACGUCAUAUAACAGGUUUUCUCUCAGCUGGUCAAUCCAUCAAUCUGUUCCUCUGUCUGCUGGAAGUGAAAGAUCAGACUCUGUCUAGAGAGAUUCAGGAUUUUGUGAGAUCAGACAUGCACUCAGAGAAGAAACUCUCUCCUGCUCACUGCUCAACAAUCGCCUACAUGAUUCAGAUGUCAGAGGAGGUGCUGGAUGAGCUGAACCUCAUGAAAUACAACACAUCAGCUGAGGGGAGAAGAAGACUGAUACCAGCUGUGAGAAACUGCACAAAAGCUCUGUGA